AAUCUGUCUCCGUUAGCGCCGGAUCCCCGCGGGUAGGGCGGGGCAGGAGGCACCGCGGGGAUCCCGGGGCGGCCCGAGGGCCCCUGACUCUGUUCACUCAGGCAACAUGGAUCGGAUGGCCAGCUCUAUGAAGCAGGUACCCAACCCGCUGCCCAAAGUGUUGAGCCGGCGCGGGGUCGGUGCUGGCAUGGAGGCUGCAGAGCGCGAGAGCUUCGAGCGGACUCAGACCGUCAGCGUCAAUAAGGCCAUUAAUACGCAGGAAGUGGCCGUGAAGGAAAAACAUGCCAGGACAUGCAUUCUGGGCACCCACCAUGAGAAAGGGGCACAGACCUUUUGGUCUGUGGUCAACCGACUGCCUCUCUCCAGCAACGCCAUGCUGUGCUGGAAGUUCUGCCACGUAUUCCACAAACUCCUCCGAGAUGGACAUCCAAACGUGCUAAAAGAUUCUCUGAGAUACAAAAAUGAAUUAAGCGACAUGAGCAGGAUGUGGGGGCACCUGAGCGAGGGGUAUGGACAGCUGUGCAGCGUCUACCUCAAACUGCUGAGAACAAGAAUGGAGUACCACACCAAAAACCCCAGGUUCCCGGGCAACCUUCAGAUGAGCGACAGACAGCUGGAUGAGGCCGGAGAAAGUGACGUCAACAACUUUUUCCAGCUCACAGUGGAGAUGUUUGAUUACCUGGAAUGUGAACUGAACCUUUUCCAAACUGUGUUCAACUCCUUGGACAUGUCCCGCUCUGUGUCUGUGACCACAGCUGGCCAGUGCCGCCUCGCCCCGCUCAUCCAGGUCAUCUUGGACUGCAGUCACCUCUAUGACUACACUGUCAAGCUGCUCUUCAAGCUCCACUCCUGUCUUCCCGCGGACACCCUGCAGGGCCACCGAGACCGAUUCAUGGAGCAGUUCACAAAGUUGAAAGAUCUGUUCCAGCGCUCCAGCAACCUACAGUAUUUCAAGCGUCUCAUUCAGAUCCCUCAGUUGCCUGAGCGUCCACCCAACUUCCUGCGCGCCUCAGCUCUGUCAGAGCACAUCAGCCCUGUGGUGGUGAUCCCGGCAGAGGUGGCGUCUCCAGACAGUGAGCCUGUUCUGGAGAAGGACGACCUCAUGGACAUGGAUGCCUCCCAGCAGAGUUUGUUUGACAACAAGUUUGAUGACAUCUUCGGCAGCUCGUUGAGCAGUGACCCCUUCAAUUUCAACAAUCAAAAUGGUGUGAGCAAGGACGAGAAGGACCACUUGAUUGAACGCCUGUACAGAGAGAUCAGUGGCCUGACCGGACAGCUGGAUAACAUGAAGAUUGAGAGCCAGCGGGCCAUGCUGCAGCUGAAGGGCCGCGUCAGUGAGCUGGAGGCAGAGCUGGCCGAGCAGCAGCACCUAGGCCGGCAGGCCACGGACGACUGCGAGUUCCUGCGCACAGAGCUGGACGAGCUGAAGAGGCAGCGAGAGGACACAGAGAAGGCGCAGCGCAGCCUGACUGAGAUAGAAAGAAAGGCCCAGGCCAAUGAGCAGCGGUAUAGCAAGCUAAAAGAAAAGUACAGUGAACUGGUUCAGAACCAUGCUGACCUGCUGCGGAAGAAUGCAGAGGUGACCAAACAGGUGUCUGUGGCCAGGCAAGUCCAGGUGGAUUUGGAAAGAGAGAAAAAAGAACUGGCAGAUUCCUUUGCACGCGUUAGUGACCAGGCCCAGCGGAAGACGCAAGAGCAACAGGAUGUUCUCGAGAACCUGACGCACGAACUGGCCACCAGCCGACAAGAGCUGCAGGUCCUCCACAGCAGCCUGGAAACCUCCGCCCAGUCGGAAGCGAAGUGGCUGGCACAGAUUGCCGAGCUGGAGAAAGAACAGGGCAGCUUGGCGACUGCCGCAGCUCAGAGAGAGGAAGAAUUGUCAGCCGUCCGAGACCAACUGGAGAGCACGCAGCUCAAACUGGCCAGUGCCCAGGAGUCCAUGUGCCAGCAGGUAAAGGACCAGAGGAAGAGCCUCUUGGCAGGGACCAGGAAGGCUGCGGAGCGUGAGAUACAGGAGGCGCUGAGCCAGCUUGAAGAGCCUGCCCUCAUCAGCUGUGCAGGGUCCACAGAUCACCUUCUCUCCAAAGUCAAGUCUGUUUCCAGCUGCCUGGAACAACUGGAAAAGAACUGUAGCCGGUAUCUGGCCUGCCCAGACGAUAAUAUGAGUGAUCUUCUGCACUCGGUAACCCUCCUUGCCCACUUGACCAGCGAUGCCAUCCUUCAAGGGAGUGCCACCAGCCUCCGGGCCCCACCAGAGCCAGCCGACUCUCUGACGGAGGCCUGUAGGCAGUAUGGCAGAGAAACCCUGGCCUUUCUCUCCUCUCUAGAAGAAGAGGGAGCCCUGGAGAAAGCUGACAACGCGGCCAUGAGGGACUGCCUCAGCAGAAUCAAGGCCAUUGGCGAGGAACUGUUGCCCAGGGGCCUGGACAUCAAACAGGAAGAGCUGGGUGACCUGGUGGACAAGGAGAUGGCUGCCACUUCAGCUGCCAUUGAAGCCGCCACCACCCGGAUAGAGGAAAUACUCAGUAAAUCCCGAGCAGGAGACACGGGAGUGAAGUUGGAGGUUAACGAAAGGAUCCUUGGUUCCUGUACCAGCCUGAUGCAGGCCAUCAAGGUCCUCGUCGUGGCCUCCAAGGACCUCCAGAAGGAGAUCGUGGAAAGUGGCAGGGGCACUGCCUCCCCUAAGGAAUUUUAUGCCAAGAACUCUCGGUGGACAGAAGGGCUUAUAUCCGCCUCCAAAGCUGUUGGUUGGGGAGCUACCAUUAUGGUGGAUGCUGCCGAUCUCGUGGUCCAGGGCAAAGGGAAGUUCGAGGAGCUGAUGGUGUGCUCACAUGAGAUCGCCGCUAGCACAGCCCAGCUUGUGGCUGCAUCCAAGGUAAAAGCUAACAAGGGCAGCGUCAAUCUGACACACCUGCAGCAGGCCUCUCGGGGCGUGAACCAGGCCACGGCUGCUGUGGUGGCCUCGACCAUUUCUGGCAAAUCUCAAAUUGAAGAGACAGACAGUAUGGACUUCUCAAGCAUGACACUGACCCAGAUCAAGCGCCAGGAGAUGGAUUCCCAGGUUAGGGUGCUGGAGUUGGAAAAUGACCUGCAGAAGGAACGUCAAAAACUAGGAGAGCUUCGGAAGAAACACUACGAGCUGGCUGGUGUUGCCGAGGGCUGGGAAGAAGGUGAGCUCAGCUCAUCUUGGGAUUCUCUGCUCAAGAGCUGGGAUGUGGCUCAGCAGUAG